AUGGAGGUCAAUAACUCAUCUACAGCAAAUGUCAUGAGUGGGCCUGAUAUUACACAUCAUCAUCAAUCACUAGAACAAAAACACAAAUGGCAACAACAACAACAAUAUUCAAACGACACUUCUAACUCUAAACUUCCCAUUUUAAAUGCAGUCAAUGCGCAAUCACGACAACCACUCAAAGAUUCACCUUUCGAGUCGCAACCUUUAACAAGUCGAACCUGCACCACAUCAACAAACAAGGGGUCAAACCCUCCAAAAACUGAUCCCACCAAAAUACCAGACGACACAUCAAGUCACCCACAAAUACCAUCCUUAAAGUAUCAAGUGGCUCCUAGUGAAGCACCUACGGGCACAAGUCAACUUACGGGAAGGAAAGCUGCUCGAUCCUUACGAAUAUUCAGAAACAUAAAUCAAGAUGAAGAAGUAGAUGAGGAAGAAAUGGCAAACGAAAACAAUCAAGCGAGGACCUCAUCUUUGGCAGAAAAAUUUGGUGCAAAAGAGACUGAACUAGAACCUGUAUCAUCAGCAACUUAUAUACCUCAUACGCCAGCGACGUUGGAACACAAUCGUGCCAAUUUGGAGGAAAUUGUGCCGCAUGAUUUGCAAACUUCUGUAUCACCCGUUUUAGCUAUAAAACCACAACACUUGACUGCUAAUUUAGAGUUUGAUCAUGGUCUUAAUGGCGAUAUCACCAAAAUUAUUUCCAUUUUGGAUAAAAAUAAAGCUUCUGAAAGUGAUGCUGAGAAUGGUGUUGCCUCGCCAAUUAUUUCUCGCGUAUGCAGCCCCACUAAAGAGCUUUAUGAAGCGGACCUAGUCAAUGAAUAUACAAAGCAAGUAGAUGAUAAAUCUGCAGAGAAUACAAGCUCUCCCGAAGCAGAGACGGAGUUUCCAUUGGCUGUGGAGUUGAGACCAUUCAAGAAUAAAGUUGGUGGCCAUACUGCCAUCUUCUCGUUUUCAAAAGAAGCGGUGUGCAAAGCACUAGUAAAUAGAGAAAACAUUUUCUAUGAAAGUAUAGAAAUUCAUCACCCCGAGCUUUUGAAGUUUAUGCCUAGAUAUAUUGGUGUUUUAAAUGUGCGGUAUUCCAGUUUGAUCAAUGAGCAUGACAAUGUGGAAGUCAAUAUUGAUAGUGGUAAGGAGGAACGAGAUUUAGAAGCUGCUAAAAAUCACAAAUUACGUCGCAAAUCGGAAAAUAUGCCACCUGAGGUUGUUCUUGAUGAUAACAAGCACAUUAUUCCUGACACUUUAUGGAAGCAUUAUUCAGGAUCCAUGCCAUCACCCAAAUCCUCGUUUACAGAUAGUCCUAAACAAAGUCCUAUACCAAGUUUAACCAAUUCACCUUCACAACGACCAAAUCCGGGCUCUACAUCAGUUAAUACAGAAUUACAAUUUCAAGUGUUGCAAGAAGUUUUCCAACCAUUGAGACUACAUGAUGAUUUCUUUGAAAUGGAUGAGGAUAGGGAAGUGAAGGAAGGGCAUAUACAUCAACAUUCUCUUUCUCAGGAUGAGGUACUCCUCCGCAAACACACCCGAUUUGAAAGAUUCAUCUUACUUGAAGAUUUAACCUCACGUAUGAAGAGACCUUGUGUUUUGGAUUUGAAGAUGGGUACUAGACAAUAUGGUGUUGAUGCAUCCUUCAAAAAACAACAAUCACAAAGACAAAAAUGUUUAACGACGACAUCAAGAAAAUUGGGUGUUCGAUUAUGUGGAUUGCAAAUUUUCAAGUAUAAUAAUCAUAGAUUAAUUAGAGAUAAAUAUUUUGGCAGAAGAAUUAAAAUUGGGGUUCAAUUUUGCAAAGUGCUUGCUAAAUUUUUAUACAAUGGCAAGGACGUUUACUCCAUUUUGUUUCGCAUACCUCAUUUAAUUGAUCAGUUGCAAGCCUUGUAUCUGAUAUUCAAAAAAAUACCAGGGUAUCGUAUGUAUGGAUCACUGAUACUUUUAAUGUAUGAGGGUGGUGCCAUACAACAAGACCAGCCAGCCAAUGUGAAGAUUAUAGAUUUUGCUCAAUCGGUUAUAUCAGAAGAGGAAAAAGAUCAUGUAAAUAUCCCACCGUCACAUCCAAAUUUGGUAGAUUAUGGUUAUUUACGCGGCAUCCACUCAUUAAUCUUUUAUUUUACAUCCAUUUUUCAAAUUUUAAGCAAGACAAAGAUCAGUAAUUUUGAGGAGAUGAAUAGUUGGGUGAAAGAACAUAAGGAUGAAUUAGAUGUUAAUUGUCCCUGGUUGGAUGAUUAUGCUGAAGUUGAAGGCGAGGUUGAUGGUGGUGUAAAUAAUAUUGAUUUUAAUGACCCAUUUAAUGUUGAUUUUACAAUUGAUGAAAAUGACGAAAAUAUAUCUGAAUAG